AUGAAGGGGAUGCUGGUGCCCGCACUGCUGGGCGUCUUGAUGGUCUGCCGGGUUCAAAAGCAGAACUCAGGUAGAACUCAAUCAAAACAUUUAGAUUUCAAAUCAAAACUUGCAUAUAACUCUAUACUCAAUAUACAAGUAUUAUGUAUACAUCUAUAUCUCAAUACGUAUGAUUUCAAUUUCGAUACUACAACCAGUCGAUUAUCAACAACGGUUUCAACCACGGAAAAACCGAAACAAGACGUAACUGCAAUGCCAUUGCCAGUUAGCACGAGCACACAACAAUCUUCGCAGUCACAGAGCACACCGGAUCCAUAUCUAACUCAUUUCGAUCCUCGUUCCGAGCACCAGAGCUACAAGCAAGCACAAAUGAGGCUCGAAGAGGUGCACAAGGAGAAAGUAACAAAAGUGAUGAAGGACUGGAGUGAUCUCGAGGAAAAGUAUCAGGAUAUUCGUGCCCACGACCCAGUUGCUGCUGAUGCUUUCAAACGAUGGAUGACCGCGCGAUUCCAGGAAACUGUUGCUGCUCUAGAAGAGAGCGGUGCCGCGGAGAAGCAUCAGUUAAGCGCUAUGCAUCAGCAAAGAGUACAAGAAGCUGUUAAACAAAGGAACGAAGAAGCGAUGUCAUGUUAUACAGCUGCUUUGAACGAGACACCACCAAAUAUGCAUCGCAUUCAAAAAUGUCUCCAGAAGUUGCUUCGUGCUCUUCACAAAGAUAGGCAUCAUACUAUUGCUCAUUACAAACAUCUGCUGGACAGCAGUUUGGAACAAGCUCAACGCGAAAAGCCAGCAACCUUGGAGCACUUGGCGGAAAUCGAUAGAAUCACCAAUCAGAGCCUGUUGAUGUUAGAACGGUAUCCUGAUUUAAGCGCAAAAAUUGGCCGCCUUAUGGAUGAUUACGUUUUGGCCCUCAGGAGCAAAGAUGAGACUCCUGGACUGCUGUUAGCGAUGACACGAGAAGCGGAAGCAGCCAUUUUAGAUAAAUAUCAGGCCGAUGUUACCAGUAAGCAACAAGAAAAAGAACAUCAAAAACAACUGGAACGAGCACGCAAGGAGCAACGCAAAGCUGAACGUGGUGAAUUACGUACAGAACAGGCACAACAAGAAGAAAGCGAUUCGAUAAAUGAUAACAAAGAUAUUCAACAACAACCAGAGCAACCGGCAGCUAUGCACAGCGAAGGACUUGUUAGGGCAGCUCAUAGUUUGACACAUGACAUUUCCCAUUCUGAACCGGGUUACUCUGUAAGAAGGGAGAUGUAUCACAGAGAAAGUCGAUCCGUCUACUUUACACUUGCAUUUGCUGGAAUUGCACUUAUGGCUGCAGCAGUAGUAGGUGUAGCAGUGUUCAAAAGACGCAGUGCAAGAAGCCCUCAUAGUCAGGGAUUUAUUGAAGUUGACCAAGCGGCCACACCAGAGGAGCGGCAUGUUGCAAACAUGCAAAUCAAUGGAUAUGAAAAUCCUACAUAUAAAUAUUUCGAGAUCAAAGAAUAAUUUAAUCACCUCGGUCUACAAGAGAUUUUAUUUGAAAUUGAUCUUUAAUUGUCCGUUCUCGCGUAUGUUCUUCAAGAAUCUCAUAGUAUUUUGUUAGUGUAAGAUACCUUUCAGGUUCGAGGUUCUUCCGAAGAUUCCGAAAAUAUAUAAAAUCUAUGUCUUAGUGAUAUAUGGAAUAAAAUCUGUCCAUAGACGAAUAGGUAUUGCGAUACGAUAUCAUUAUGUGUCACGUCUCUUUAUAAUAACUCGCGACGUUAUACGAAACAUAACGAUUUAUGAUAUAUGUAUAAAGCAAUUUUCAUAUAACAUCUAGUAGAUAGAAAUGUUAUGAGUCGAUUCGUAUACUCGUAUCAGAAUUAUCUACAAGACAAUUCGAAAGGGAAACAACAUGCCAAUGUGCCAUAUGGGAAGGGCGUAAUGUUGUCUUCGGAAGUAUCUCAUACACGUUGUUUUCGUUUGUCAUACAUGUUAUUAACAAAAUAAAUAAACACAGGAAGGAGCGCUCAUAAUGAUAAACAAAUUUAAAGGAAAAAAAGAAAAAAACAAAAAAAGAAUCAUCACUCAUUAAUGUUAUACGCGAUAUCCUUCAAUUAGAAGGCUGUGGACUAUGAUCAAUUACGGACAUUGUUUUUUCAGCAAUAGGAAAUGCGUGUGCGUUAGAAGAAACGUAUCUCGUGAUGACGCAUUCAUAAUAUGCGUGCUGUUGCGCUCUUUGCUGUAUAUUUCUAAGUUCUGAUAUUUUUCGAGAUAGUAAAUGGCAAUAAAAGUAAAUGCAGCUUAAAUAAUACAAUGAAAAUAAGAAGAAAUGUUAGCAGCGGUAGCAGCUUACACAGCAUAAAAAUAUAAUCCGAAUUAAAAAAAAAAAAAAAAAAAAAAAAUGAUAAGCAUAUUACAUAGCACUAUGCAAAAGUAUAUGCUCGAUACGAUACUCUUAAAAUAUCAGAACAGCGAUCAAUGCACGUUCACCUUCGUGAUUGCAGCUGUUUUUUCAUCUCCGUUCGAUUCCCACUGCCUGAUUUUUUCAGCGACCUUUUCAGUACUUAACGUCUACUUAGAUUAUACAACUUUAUACUUAUAAGAAAUUGAAUCAUGAAUCACGUAUCUAAAGUUAUUAUGAGAAGCAAGAUAUUUUAUCAUUCCAUAACAAAUGUCCACUAUCUUAUCGAGGUGCUGCCUGAAUGUAUGCACGGAAAAUAUUCGGUAGCUUUGUUCGAUUCGGCCGAGUUAUCGUCGUGUUUCUCAGUGAAAACGGACGAAUCGAAAGAAUCACGUCGAGGUUGCCGAAUAAGAGGAACAGUUCAACACAGGAGUUUUUUUGAGUGGCAUUAGUACCUCAGAUUUAGGUCGAAUAAGUGGCGAAUGUUAAAAGCAAGCGUGUUUCUGUCUUUUUUUUUAUUUCACCAAUUUUUUUCUUUUUUUUCUCUCAAAAGAUGGUUCAUACAAUAACUAUCUUAGGAUUAUUAAUUAUAUAUGAUGACGAUAAUAUAUUACACGUUUAAUGCUUAUAUAUUUGUAUAUGGUCAAAAGAUAGUAGGCUGCGCUUUAGCCAGGGUCGCGUGGGAAAGCAUAGCUUUCGUUUGUUUUAAUAAAUAUUGCACGUUUUUUUAUUUAUAUUAUAUUUCUUUGUAUCGAUAAAUUAAUUAUAUUAAUAUAUAUAUAUAUAUAUAUGUUAUAUCAUAUUAAUAUGAUAUAUAUAUAUACAUACAUCAUUUGAUAAGUGUUAUAUAUAAUUAUAACAAGGAGUAAUAUUAAUAAUUUUAGUUGCGCAAGUGUUAUUAUGUUAUUAAUGAUGGUUUAAAAUGCUUUUAUUUAGAUACUAUUUAUAUCAAAGAAUUAUAUUUUCCUUCUCACUUUCUUUUUAUUACAAUAAAAUCAUUUGUUUUAUUAUGUUAAUUUUGCUAAAAUAAAUUAAACGAAUGCGCAAACCGAGGACAUUGAACAAUAAUCCUUGGAUUCCUAAGCGCACGUGAAGCAGCUGCCUUCCUAUUUAGCGAACAUAGUAGAUGUCUCACGCAACUCCGGUGGAAGAACGAGCCAACGAAAAAAGUAUAUACACAGGCACACACAUUCGCGCAUCGCUGAGUGUUAAAAAUAUUAUUUUAGAUAUAUUAAAAUGAUAGCAAUUAACCAUAUGUCUAUGGAGAUACAACAAAAGCAUAGCAUCAAUGCGUUAAUAAUAAUAUAAAUAUCUAUAUAUAUAUAUAAAUAUAUAUGUUCAUGUGUGUAUGUGUGUGUGUGUGUGUGUAAUAUAUGAACAGUAUAUAUACAUAGAUAUAUAUAUAUAUACAUAUGCAUAUACAUGUACACCUAUCAAAUUAACUAUACAUUAUGUACCUAUAGCAUAUAGUCGUUAAAUGAGAAGAAAAAAAAAAAAAACAUUGACACGUCGCGUAAUAAAAAAAAUUUGACUUGAUACGGAUUCACAGAUGUUGAUGAAGAAAACAUGUUGUUGUCUCUAAAAAGAAAAA